CGAAUUAGCCGUAUAGAGGGAACGGGGAAUUGCAGCUUACAUCGUUACACAAAGAACAAAACUGAAAAAGUUACAGAGAACUUGGUGACGAGAUGAAGAUGUAUUUGACAUUGAUCCUUCUCUUAUUUGGUUUUGCUGCUGUCCAUUGCACAUGGCGUAUACGUCCCUGCUACAACGAGUUUUUAGAGAGAACUCGAGGUCAGAAGGGUGAUCCAGGAGUGGACGGAAUGAAAGGUCAGAAAGGGGAGAUGGGAGCUGGCGUCGGAGAAAAGGGCAACAAAGGACAACCUGGCCAAGGAGCAGGUAUCAUGUUUCCAGUAAAAGGUGAACCUGGUGACUACGGAAUUUCUGGGAUUGACGGUGGAUAUGGAUAUAAAGGAAUCAGAGGAGAUCCAGGACUUGAUGGAUGGAAAGGACAACGAGGUCCAAUCGGAGAAAUUGGUCCGAUGGGACAGAAGGGUGAAAAUGGACUACCAGGUUUUACAGGUCCAAAAGGCCACAGAGGAUUUUCUGGUCCACCUGGAACAAUCGGAUUACCUGGUUUUCCCGGACUAGUAGGGUGGAAAGGAGAAAAAGGAAGAAAUGGUGAUACUAGUGAGGAUUUGAAGAUUCUGAGCGGCACGGUUCAAUUAUUACUGCAGGUAGCACUGAAAUUGAAGAAAAAUGUUGUAAAAGGCCGUAUACAAUAACUGAUGACAAACACAAGUCGAUAGUCUAAAGUAUAUAUAGUCUGUGUUAUAAUUUGUAAAGUAAAAGAAAUUACUCAAACAUACACGAAAUUUUCUUAUAUUUACUGAUAUCAUUAAUCUUGUGAUUUGAUCUAUGUUUUAUAUAUAAUUUACCUGCAA